AUGCAGACAGCGAGCACGUGGGUACCACGCGAGCUGGACCUGAGCCAUUAUGGCCACGGCCACGACAAUUAUGUGGACAAGAUCAAUAUCAAUGUCGUGCCGGGUUUGAAGACUAGCACUGCCUUUUUCACAUUUCUGCGGGCAAACCUGAACGUCAACCCCAGCGCCUACUCCUCAAAUACCAACACGCCGCUACUGCAGCCAACGUCACCACCAGCGACGCUGCCACCCCCGUCGCCUUCACCACUCGUCACCAUGGACACAGCCGCAGCCGCACCAGCAGUAGCGCCGCCCGCUGCGCUCUCCUCGUCCUCGGCGUCGCAGUCGAACGGUAUUCACCUCGAGCCCGUACCCGACGACCUACCGCCGCUGUCAGUCGGCAUCCUGACGUCCGAGACGGACAAGGUCGAUGCUCUGAACCUCGUGACGGACUCAAUCGCACAGCAGCGCCAGUCGAGCUCGCGCAACCUCGUUUUCCACCCGUACCUGCUCCCGGCGCUCGCGGCAGCCCUGGCCCUGGCGUUCCAGUACUCGUGGCGCAUGCGACGCGACCUCGGCAUGGCGCUGAUGCUGCACUCGGGCGUCAUCAUGACCUAUCUACUCGCGAUUCGGUACCUGACGGGGCGCUACAUCAGCGUGGCCGAGUCAAUGCGCUGGGACUGGAUGGUAUCCGAAGACGGCGAGGAGGACACGGUGGUGGGCGUGCGCUUUGGGCGCGAGGUCAUUGGCGCCCUGGUCCUGCGGCUCGAGGCCGCCUCCAAUCCGACAGGCCGCAAGCGCACGCGCGCCUCGGCCCUCCGCGGCGGCAAGGGCGUCAUCCGCGCCUGGACCGUCAAGCUGCGCUUCCGUGGCAAAGGCGUCGGCACCGACAUGCUGCAGGAGGCCAUUCGCAUCACCAAAGAAAAGUGUGGCCGCGACGCCGCCGUCGGCUUUGCCAAGGAGCACGCCAACAGUGCUGACGUGCUACCCGAGGCCCUGAACGGGCAGAUGAGGAAGGACGAGCAGAGAGCGGCCAAGACCCUCGAGAGGAUAGUGCAUGAAUGGGAGGAUGCGCGGCGGCACAAGAGGGGAAACUCGAGGUAG